AUGUGUGAAGCAACAAACUUCGUCAUAACUUCAUCAAAAAGACAAAUAUCAGAGAGAAGACGAGCUUUGUUCAGAAGUGUUGAUGGCGAUAUGUUUUACCCACCGUCGGUGUGGCCAAAUGAUAUGAGAAGUGCGUUUUGGAAGAAACCAAUUGGUGAUGAAGAAACAUUUAAGUUAGUGCUGUUCCUGAUGGGCAAUGGCUGUCCGCCAACAAUGAUAAAAGAUUGGAUUGUGUCUUCAACAUUUUGGGAUAAAAAUAAAACAGUCAAACGAUGGGAACAA